AUGAUAGUUUUCUGGGGUCGUCCGGUUUCAUUCAACAAUGGGAAUUCCUCAGCUUCCACUAUAAUAUCCGCGAGUUCCUGGACUGAAUGUGUUACGUCUUGCUGGAAUUCUUUGUAUUGUGUACUGGCUUGGAGUAGCAUUGACUCUUGUGUUUUAUAUGAUUUUGGUACGGUUUUGGAAGGGGAAAAGUUGGAUUCAAGUAGCAAUUCGAAAGUGGCAAUGAAGAUCGGAUCAACUGGUUCCACGUGUCCAAGCCCGUCUUUCGAGUUGACAUCUGUUGAAGUUGUCAUCAAUGAUCCUCUUUUAGAGUACACGGAGUUUCGUUAUUCUAUCAUACUUGCUAGUGGUCGAUGGAGUUUUUUGUAUAAUGUAAAAAGGUCCUGCCCUCCAACUUGGACCAAAUUCGUCCGAUCAACCACUGAAUUCUGUUUGAAAAUAAUUGGAUCCCCAGAUAUAUUCUUCACUAAACUUCAACUUGAAGCUUUAUGCGUCAACUCGAAAGGCAUGUUAGCUGGGUUGGAAAGUGACGAGGAGAGAAACUUCGCGACAGAAGAAGCUCACGUAAUCAACAUUCAAGAUACCUACUUGGGCAACAUGUUUUAUAUAUCGGGGGAUCGGAAGACAACAUGCUCAACGUGGGCGCAAGUACAGACACCGGAGUGUGCUGGGCUGAAUGCUUUCUCCCACUCUGACAAAUAUCUAUCCACCAAAUCUGGCUACAAAUGGGCACCCAACAAUCCAGAUGGAGUGACAGUCAAUGGAACAACUGCCAGAUGUAUGAUUCUUUGGAGUCAGAAGAAUGAAACAAGUGUCCGCGGACUAGUGGACGAUGCACCAUGUGGUCACAAGAAGACUAAUUAUGCAGCAGUUCGUGGUGGUCUUUGUGGCAGAGUUGCUGGAGUUUAG